AUGGCAAAUAAAAAAAAUGUAAAAAACAGACGUACUUCUAAUAUGAAAGGCGGCCGAGCAUUGGCUUGUAAAAAGUUGCAUAAGACAACUAACAAGUAUAGCUUGGAACCCACCACGAGUGUACAACAUCAAGUAGCUUCUUCGGAAGAAUUAAUAGAAAAUAAUGAUUCGUAUAUUUCUAAUAUUACUUUCGAUGGUGCACCAAUUCCUCAUAUUGAUGGUACACCGCUUACUAAUCUUGAUGAUACUGAUAUACAUUUAAAUAAAUUACAAUAUGAAGAUGAAAGAAAUGUAGCUGACUUUUUUGAUAGCCCUACGUUAUUUAGUUCGAGUGAUAAUAUUGAUGCUCAUAAUUUAAGCGUGAUUUCAAAUAAUACUUCUGACACAAUUAUUUCCGAGAAUUUAGUGGGUAGACGAAUAGUUGAUAUAGCUUAUAUUUUUGAACAAAUAAAAAAAAGUCGCCAUGAUGGUGGUACCAAUUGUUCAUUUUUAGAUAUGGCAUUUAAAUCAGAAAUUAGAAACGGGUAUACUUCAAGUUUUAAAUUUCAAUGUCAAAUGUGUAGUAUUGAAAGUGUAAUUCAUUCUGAAAAUCCAAAAGAAACAUAUAUACCGAUUAACAAAGCUUUAGUUAACGGUAGUAUUGCAACAGGAAUAGGAUAUGCACAGCUAACGGAACUGUCUGCUUCAGUUGAAGUACCUACUAUGUGCAAUACGACGUAUAUAAAAAUACAAAAUUGUAUUAAUUUGGUAGUACAAAAAACUGCAUGGAGCGAAAUGCAAAAGGCUGGGGAUGAAGAACGACGGAUGGCAUUAGAAAAUGGUGAGGUCGACAUAGACGGUAUACCUAUGUGUACAGUUAUCGCUGAUGGCCAAUGGUCGAAGCGUAGUUACAAGUCCAAAUACAAUGCUUUAUCAGGAACGGCCACUAUUAUUGGGAAAAGAACCAGGAAAGUCUUGUUUGUAGGAAUUAGAAAUAGGUACUGUGUUGUUUGUCAAAGAGCUUCAAACCGAAAAGAGAAAGCAUCCAAACACGAAUGUUUUUUAAAUUGGAGUAAGGCCUCCACUGCAAUGGAAGCAGAUGGAGUGGUCGAAGGUUUUUUACGCAGCAUUGAAAUGCAUGGUCUCAAAUAUAAUAAAUUAAUCGGAGACGGAGAUAGCAGCGUGUUAAAAAGAUUGAAUGAAACAUUGCCAUAUGGACCAGAUUUUUUUAUAGAAAAAAUAGAAUGCCGAAAUCAUUUGCUGAGAAAUUUUGGUCAAAAAAUGACCGCUUUAGCAAAUAAAACUGAAUUUCCUAUUAAUUUGAGAAAAUUUAUUUUAUCUCAAAUUUUAAGAUUUCGUUCUGACGUCACAAAAGCAGUACAAUUUAGAAAAAAACAAGAGAUACCUAAGUCUCAACAAAUUACAGAACUCAGAUCGGAUAUUGCUAAUAGUAUUUAUCAUAGAUUAGGCCAACAUACAAAUUGUGCAACUUACUUUUGUCUUGGGCAAAAAGAAGGUGAAUUAAAUUUAGUACCACAGGCGGAAAAGUGUGGUUUAUUACGCGAAAUAAAUCAGAUACUCUUUCGGCUUACUAGCAAUGCAUCUAGCCUUUUAUCGGAUUUUGAUAAUAACGCUUGUGAGAUUUUUAAUAGUGUUAUAAAUAAGUACAUCACUGGAAAAAGAAUAAACUAUUCACAAAAAAACUCUUACAAUACUCGAGUCGAGGCUGCUGUAAUAGCUUUUAAUUCUAAACAGUACCUUAGGCAGGUUCAUAAAACCAUGCAAAAUAUAAGCCCAGGAAUAUUUGGCAAAAAAUAUUUAAAAAAUAUAGAACGUAUCAGGGCCAAUAGCUUAAAAAGAAGACAAUUGUUUUCUAACUCAACUACUAAAUUCAAAAGCCGACAACGAUUUACAGCAGCGGAUCAAAAUUAUGGGUUAGCUGAACCAUUGAUCAAUACAAUAACCAAAGAAGAUUAUGACAAAAAAAAAUUAUUAUUCAUCCAAAAACUUAACGAAGCUGAUAGAUCUGAGAUCGAAAUUAUUACAAGAGAUCAAAGUAAUAAUUCUCUUUGGUUCAAAGAAAGAAGACUUCGAAUGACAGCAUCAAAUUUUGGCACAGUAUGCAAAAUGCGACCGUAUACCAGCUGUAAGAAAAAAAUCCAUAGCUUUCUAUACGCACCAAAUCCAAAAACAAAACAAUUAAACUAUGGUAAUGUUAUGGAAUCUAAAGCUCGAACGAAGUUUGAAGAAAUGUACAGUGUAAACGUCCAAACAUGUGGUCUUAUUAUUGAUUCUGAUCUACCAUAUUUGGCAGCAAGUCCGGAUGGUUUAGUUGGGGAAAAUGCCAUUGUUGAAAUUAAAUGUCCUUACAAUGCUCGUAAUUCAGAAAGUGUAAUUGAAGCUUUCAACAAUAAAUUUCUACCGAAUUGGACUUUAAAAGAUUCGUCGAUCAUAUUAAAAAGAAAUAGUAAUUAUUAUUACCAAGUUAUUGGACAAUUGCAUAUUACUCAACGCAAAUUAUGCUAUUUAGUAGUAUACACCGAAAAUUGGACCACUGUGGAAAGAAUUCAUUAUGAUCAUCCAUUUUGGAUGAAAAUGUCUGAAAAUUUAACAUCGUUUUAUUUAAAUUGUCUCUUGCCUGAACUCGUUGAUCCCUUAUAUGGAAAAAGAUUGUUGAUAAGUGAUAUCAGGGAUCCGGAUGAAAUUUUAGAAAAACAACAA